UUACUCGCCCAUCGCCAGUGCCACCUCGCGUCGCCUAAUAAUCGAGGCCCGCCUCUUUUGUGGCCGCGAAACCACAUUCCGACCGUGAUGGCAACAGUGCAGAUGAUUGGAAAUCUGAGUGCGCACGAUCGUCGAAUUCUGACGUCCGUGAACGCGGGGGCCUCGAUUCUUUCAUUUACUGGCUCCUCUUUCAUCGUUCUCUGCUACGUCCUCUUCAAGGAGCUUCGCAAAUUUUCUUUUAAGCUUGUCUUCUUCCUUGCUCUCUCAGAUAUGCUUUGCAGCUUCUUCAGCAUAGUUGGGGACCCAUCAAAAGGGUUCUUUUGUUAUGCUCAAGGCUACAGUACACAUUUCUUUUGUGUGGCAUCAUUUCUAUGGACCACAACAAUUGCAUUUACUCUUCAUCGCACUGUUGUUAGACAUAAAACUGAUGUUGAGGAUUUGGAACCCAUGUUUCACUUGUAUGUUUGGGGAACUUCUCUUGUUAUGACUGUCAUACGCUCUAUAGGCAAUGAUACUGGACGCUUAGGUGCAUUGUGUUGGACUCAAACAGGACGUGCAGGAAAGGUGGUUCACUUCAUAACAUUUUAUGUUCCACUCUGGGGUGCAAUUCUUUUCAAUGGUGUUACAUACUUCCAAGUCAUACGUAUGCUGAACAAUGCAACCCGUAUGGCAGUCGUCAUGUCAGACAGAUCACUUCAAUCUGAUGCCAGAGUUGACAUGAAGGCUUUAAACCGGUGGGGUUAUUAUCCACUGAUUCUGAUAGGAUCAUGGGCAUUUGGAACAAUAAAUCGUAUACAUGAUUUUAUUGAACCAGACCACAAAAUAUUUUGGCUCUCUGUUCUUGAUGUUGGAAUGGCUUCACUUAUGGGUUUAUUCAACUCAAUUGCUUAUGGCCUUAACUCUUCAGUGCGACGGGCAAUAUAUGAAAGAAUAGAUAUAUGGUGUCCAGAGAGGUUCCGGAGAUGGUUACCAAGUUCUUCAAGGCUCAGAGGCCAACAGCAUCAAAGUGAACUGAUCUCGUUGAAGAUCCAAGAUCAACAAUAGCACUUAAGUUUCCUUGAUAUGUUCUCUUGGUAGCUUUGGUUUCUUCUAAUAUUUUCUCAUUUCACCAAACUUGAGGGAGAAGGAUGAAGCUGAGAAGCGAAGAGGAAACCAACCCCUAUUAUUUGAGACAAGUGCGUGAGAUUCCAGGUGCCCUCCCCCCUCUUUAUUGUUAUUAUCUGAUCUACACUUUUUUUAGUACAGUUUGUUCUCUUUUUCCUAAUGUAAACUGCUUCUGUACACGUCGAUCUCAACAUAUGGGAUAAUGUAUACAGAUGAAAAAUUCAAUUGAUGGGCAAGUGGUUGGUUAAUUUGGAAUUCUUUAAGGCAGGGAACCUACUAGCAGUCAACAGUAGCUGAGGUGGCAUGUUUGUCAGCUACAGUGAGCAUGCUUUUUUGUUGUGCAGAAAAAGAGUGAGUACUUGGUAUUAUGAUUCAAAUACUAGCGGUACGAUUUAUUUGUAUAUUUCACCAACACUAAACCAGUACUCAUGAAAUGAUUAUUCAGUUUGAUAUUUUUUAGUCU